CAUUUUUUUAUUUUUUCUUUUUUAACAAGAAGAGGCAUCCUAAAAAAAAUUCACUUUAAAUUAUAAAUAGUAAAUUUGAUAGUACUUAAUUGAUACUACUUCAAAACCAACUUACUUAUUCAUUCACAAUGCCUCAAAACGAGUAUAUUGAACAACAUAUCAAACAACAUGGUAGAAGAUUAGAUCAUGAAGAAAGAAAGAGAAAGAAGGAAGCCAGAGAAGGUCAUAGAGUUGCUAAGGAUGCUCAAACUUUGAAGGGAUGGAGAGGUAAACAAUUUGCAAAGAAGAGAUAUAGUGAAAAAGUGGCUAUGAAGAAGAAGAUUAAGGCUCAUCAAGAAUCUAAAAUCAAAGGUCCUUCUACUCCUAAUGAUGAAAAUGGUGAAGCUUUACCUACUUAUCUUUUAGAUCGUCAAACUAAUAAUACUGCAAAGGCUAUAUCAUCAUCUAUUAAACAAAAAAGAUUAGAAAAAGCUGAUAAAUUCUCUGUGCCAUUACCUAAAGUUAGGGGUAUUUCUGAAGAAGAAAUGUUUAAAGUUAUUAAAACCGGUACUAAGAAAUCUAAAUCUUGGAAGAGAAUGAUUACAAAACAUACCUUUGUUGGUGAAGGUUUCACUCGUAGACCAGUUAAAAUGGAAAGAAUCAUUAGACCUUCAGCAUUAAGACAAAAGAAAGCUAAUGUAACCCAUCCAGAAUUAAAAGUUACUGUCUUCUUACCUAUCUUGGGUGUUAAGAAGAAUCCUCAAUCUCCAAUGUAUACUCAAUUAGGUGUAUUAACCAAAGGUACUAUUAUUGAAGUAAAUGUUUCUGAAUUAGGUUUGGUUACUGCUGGUGGUAAGGUUGUUUGGGGUAAAUACGCUCAAAUCACUAAUGAACCUGAUAGAGAUGGAUGUGUCAAUGCCGUCUUAUUAGUAUGAGUUUUAUGAAUUUCACCUCCUCAGUUCUCUUUUAUUAUUGCAUCUAGAAAUAACAUUUGUACAUUAGUCAUUAUUACUUUUCUUCUCCUUUAUCUACAUUUUACAGCAUAGGUUUUAAAAUUAAAUUAAAAUUAAAUUAUUAAAAGUAUU